AUGGGCCACUUUUCAUCAUCUCCUCCAACAGCCUCUGAUCACCGACACGUCUCGCCCAACCACAUCUUAGCCCUCGCGUCGUCGUCCACAGAGAAGUCCUUCCCUCCACCCCCCGCUCACACUCUGGCACGGCUCGUGAACUCGGCGAGGCGUUACGAGGGGAAAAGCACCCCGACCGCAGCCCGAUAUGGGAUCAAGGGCGCAAUGGAGAGUUUCUGCGGGCCACUCAGAGCAGCGCGGCGGUAA